AUGGAUCCUAUUGCAGCGGACUCGUCCAACACGUUGGUCGGCGGCAAGGUCGCUGAGGAUGACAUUCCCAAAGAUGGCACCGGAGUCCUGAAGCUUGACCCAUGGCUGUCGCCUUUCCAGGACUCAUUGAAGCGGCGCUAUGCGAAAGCCCAGGAGUGGAUUAAGCGGAUUAACGACACGGAAGGCGGGCUUGAGAAGUUCAGUAGGGGGACGGAGUUGUUUGGGUUGAGGGCAAAGGAGGACGGCACGAUCAUCUACCGAGAAUGGGCUCCCAAUGCCCUUCAGGCUGCGCUCAUUGGCGAUUUCAACAAAUGGGACAAAACGGCUCAUCCCAUGAAGAAGAAUGAAUUUGGUGUCUUUGAGCUCACCAUUCCCCCAACGGCCGACGGCCAACCCGCCAUCCCCCACAACUCCAAAAUCAAGGUCACCCUCGAGUUGCCCACGGCAGAAUGGGUCGAUCGGCUACCAGCCUGGAUCAAGUACGUGACUCAAGAUCUGUCGGUCUCACCUGCCUACGACGCUCGCUUUUGGAAUCCGCCUGCGGCAGCGCGAUAUGCUUUCCAGCACGAGCGGCCCAAGAAGCCCGAGAGCCUGCGCAUCUACGAGGCUCACGUUGGUAUCUCGUCUCCCGAGCUGCGCGUCACUACCUACAAGGAGUUCACCAAAUCCAUGCUUCCGCGCAUCAAAGGCCUCGGCUACAACGCCAUCCAGCUCAUGGCCAUCAUGGAACACGCCUACUACGCUAGCUUCGGCUACCAGGUCAACAAUUUCUUUGCUGCUAGUAGCCGCUACGGCGAGCCCGAGGAUCUGAAGGAGCUGGUUGAUACCGCCCAUAGCUUGGGCUUGGUCGUGCUAUUGGAUGUGGUUCACAGUCAUGCGUCCAAGAAUGUGUUGGAUGGGCUGAACCAGUUUGACGGAUCUGACCACCAGUACUUUCACGAGGGACCCAAGGGUAAGCACGAGCUCUGGGACAGCCGGCUGUUCAACUACGGCCACCACGAGGUCAUGCGCUUUUUGCUCAGCAACUUGCGCUUCUGGAUGGACGAGUACAAGUUUGACGGGUUCCGGUUCGAUGGGGUCACCAGUAUGCUUUACCUUCACCAUGGCAUUGGAACCGGCUUCUCUGGGGGAUAUCAUGAAUACUUUGGUGCCGGUGUCGACGAGGAAGCCGUUGUAUACCUUAUGAUUGCCAAUGAGAUGCUGCACGAGUUAUACCCCGAGACCAUCACCGUGGCCGAGGAUGUCUCGGGUAUGCCGGCACUGUGCCUGCCGCUGUCGCUCGGCGGCGUCGGCUUCGAUUAUCGCCUCGCCAUGGCCAUCCCUGAUAUGUGGAUCAAGAUCCUCAAGGAACAAAAGGACGAGAGCUGGGAUAUUGGUAACAUUUGCUGGACCCUGACUAACCGCCGCCACGGGGAGAAGACGAUUGCAUACGCCGAGAGUCAUGACCAGGCCCUCGUCGGCGACAAGUCCCUGAUGAUGCACCUGUGUGACGCCGAGUUGUAUACCAACAUGUCGGUGCUCUCCCCUCUCACUGCCGUUAUCGACCGCGGCAUGGCGCUGCACAAAAUGAUCCGUCUCCUGACACACGCCCUGGGCGGCGAGGGCUGGCUCAACUUCGAGGGCAACGAGUUUGGCCACCCGGAGUGGCUCGAUUUCCCGCGCGAGGGCAACCAGAACUCGUUCUGGUACGCCCGGCGCCAACUCAACCUGACCGAGGACCACCUGCUGCGCUACCAGUUCCUCAACAACUUUGACCGCUCCAUGAACCUAACCGAGGCCCGCUACGGCUGGCUGCACGCGCCGCAGGCCUUCAUCUCCCUCAAGCACGAGGGUGACAAGGUGAUUGUCUUUGAGCGCGGUGGGCUGGUGUUCAUCUUCAACUUCCACCAUACCGAGAGCUUUACCGACUACCGCAUCGGCAUCGAGGAAGCAGGCACCUACCGUGUCGUACUUGAUUCGGACACCAAACAGCAUGGCGGAUUUUGCCGUAUCGACGAUGGCACGCGCUACUUCACCGAACCGCUCGACGGCAUUUCCGCCUUUGCCCGGACAGCCCGUCCGUCGUUUGCGGCGGCGACUCGUCGCGCCAUCCCCCCGACUCGCCUCAACCUCCACGCCCCGGCGCUCACCAGGUUCGCCAGCACCGCCGGUGUUGGUGAUGGCAAAAUCCACCAGGUCAUUGUCAAGUUCGAGACCGAGAAGCUCCCCGCCAUUCUCAACGCCCUUGAGACCAACAACAAUGGCCAAAAGCUCGUCCUCGAGGUCUCGCAACAUUUGGGCGAGAACGUUGUGAGGUGCAUUGCCAUGGACGGUACUGAGGGUCUUGUCCGUGGUGCCAAGGCCGCUGAUACCGGUGCUCCCAUCACCAUUCCCGUCGGCUCUGGCACUCUCGGCCGUAUCAUGAACGUCACCGGUGACCCGAUUGACGAGCGUGGCCCCAUCAAGACCGACAAGUUUAUGCCCAUUCACGCUGAAGCUCCCGAGUUCGUCGAGCAGUCGACAACCGCCGAGAUUCUGGUGACGGGUAUCAAGGUCGUUGACCUGCUCGCCCCUUACGCUCGUGGUGGCAAGAUUGGUCUCUUCGGUGGUGCCGGUGUCGGCAAGACCGUGUUCAUUCAGGAGCUCAUCAACAACAUUGCCAAGGCCCACGGUGGUUACUCCGUCUUCACUGGUGUCGGUGAGCGUACCCGUGAGGGUAACGAUCUGUACCACGAAAUGCAGGAGACAUCCGUCAUUCAACUUGAUGGUGAAUCCAAGGUCGCCCUGGUCUUCGGUCAGAUGAACGAGCCCCCCGGAGCUCGUGCUCGUGUCGCUUUAACCGGUCUUACUGUGGCGGAAGCAUUCCGUGACGAAGGACAGGAUGUGCUUCUCUUCAUCGACAACAUCUUCCGUUUCACUCAGGCCGGUUCCGAAGUGUCCGCCCUUCUGGGUCGUAUCCCCUCUGCCGUCGGUUACCAACCCACUCUCGCCGUCGACAUGGGUGGCAUGCAGGAACGUAUCACCACCACCAAGAAGGGUUCCAUUACCUCCGUCCAGGCCGUCUAUGUGCCUGCUGACGAUUUGACGGAUCCCGCGCCCGCCACAACCUUCGCUCACUUGGACGCCACCACUGUGUUGUCCCGUGGUAUCUCCGAGUUGGGUAUUUACCCUGCCGUCGACCCUCUUGACUCUAAGUCCCGUAUGCUCGACCCUCGCAUUGUCGGCCAGGAGCACUACGACAUCGCCUCGCGUGUCCAGCAGAUCCUCCAGGAGUACAAGUCUCUACAGGACAUCAUCGCCAUUUUGGGUAUGGACGAACUCUCGGAAGCCGACAAGCUUACCGUCGAGCGCGCCCGUAAGAUCCAGCGUUUCCUGAGCCAGCCCUUCACUGUCGCCCAGGUCUUCACUGGUAUCGAGGGCCAGCUGGUCGACAUCAAGGAGACCAUCGCCUCGUUCAAGGCCAUCCUGAAUGGUGAGGGCGACAGCCUUCCCGAAGGUGCCUUCUACAUGGUCGGUGACUUUGCGACGGCGCGGCAGAAGGGUGAGAAGAUUUUGGCUGAGCUCGAGAAGAGCGCUUAA